UCGGUGGCGGCGGAGGCGGCGGAGGCCAGGGAGGAAGAUGUCGUAAUGAGCGAUCCACAGAUGAGCAUGGCCGCUACCGCUGCUGUCAGUCCUAGUGACUACCUGCAGCCUGCUACUGCUGCUACCCAGGACUCCCAGCCGUCUCCCUUGGCCCUGCUUGCUGCGACAUGUAGCAAAAUUGGCCCACCAGCUGUUGAAGCUGCAGUGACACCUCCUGCUCCCCCACAGCCGGCCCCACGGAAACUGGUCCCUAUUAAACCAGCCCCUCUUCCGCUCAGUCCCAGCAAGAACAGCUUUGGCAUCUUGUCAUCUAAAGGGAAUAUACUUCAGAUUCAGGGCUCUCAGCUGAGUGCCUCCUAUCCUGGAGGGCAGUUGGUGUUUGCCAUCCAGAACCCCACUGUGAUCAACAAAGGGAGCCGAUCAAAUGCAAGCGUACAGUACCAAGCAGUCCCGCAGAUUCAAGGGAACAGUUCCCAGACCAUCCAGAUGCAGCCCAAUCUCACCAACCAGAUCCAGAUCAUCCCAGGCACCAACCAAGCCAUCAUCGCCCCCUCAUCAUCUGGCCAUAAGCCUGUGCCCAUCAAGCCAGCUCCUGUCCAGAAGUCAAAUACAACUACCACCCCUGUGCAGAGUGGGGCCAACGUGGUGAAGCUGACAGGUGGGGGUGGCAAUGUAACACUUACCCUGCCGGUCAACAACCUGGUGAACACCAGUGAUGCUGGGGCCCCCGCUCAGCUCCUCACUGAGAGCCCCCCCACCCCACUGUCUAAGACUAACAAAAAAGCCAGGAAGAAGAGCCUUCCUGUCUCGCAGCCAUCAGUGGCUGUGGCUGAGCAGGUGGAGACGGUGCUGAUUGAGACCACAGCAGACAACAUCAUCCAGGCAGGAAAUAACCUGCUAAUUGUCCAAAGCCCUGGUGGGGGCCAGCCAGCUGUGGUCCAGCAAGUCCAAGUGGUGCCCCCCAAGGCUGAGCAGCAGCAGGUGGUGCAGAUCCCCCAGCAGGCACUGCGGGUGGUGCAGGCUGCCUCUGCAACCCUCCCCACCGUUCCCCAGAAGCCCUCCCAGAACUUUCAGAUCCAGACAACAGAGUCUGCGCCAACCCAGGUUUAUAUUCGUACACCUUCUGGUGAGGUACAGACAGUCCUCGUCCAGGACAGCCCCUCAACAACAACUGCAACCACCUCAACCACCACUUGUAACAGCCCUGCACCCCGAGCUCCCCAACUGAGUGGCACCAGUAAAAAGCAUUCAGCUGCAAUUCUCCGAAAAGAGCGACCCCUGCCAAAGAUUGCACCUGCUGGGAGCAUCAUCAGUCUGAAUGCUGCACAGUUGGCGGCAGCUGCUCAGGCCAUGCAGACCAUCAACAUCAAUGGAGUCCAAGUCCAGGGUGUGCCUGUCACCAUCACCAACACUGGUGGGCAGCAGCAGCUGACAGUGCAGAAUGUUUCUGGAAACAACUUGACCAUCAGUGGGCUGAGCCCCACCCAGAUCCAGCUGCAGAUGGAGCAGGCCCUAGCUGGAGAGGCCCAGCCAGGGGAGAAGAGGCGGCGUAUGGCCUGCACGUGUCCCAACUGCAAGGAUGGGGAGAAGAGGUCUGGGGAGCAGGGCAAGAAGAAGCACGUAUGCCACAUCCCAGACUGCGGAAAGACUUUCCGGAAGACAUCCUUGCUUCGGGCCCAUGUCCGUCUGCACACUGGCGAGCGACCCUUUGUCUGCAACUGGUUCUUUUGUGGGAAGAGGUUCACACGGAGUGAUGAGCUCCAGCGACAUGCUCGAACCCACACAGGGGACAAGCGCUUCGAGUGUGCCCAGUGUCAGAAGCGCUUCAUGAGGAGUGACCACCUCACCAAACAUUACAAGACCCACCUAGUCACGAAGAACUAA